CUUCAUUAGGAAUUGCUCGCACAUUCACCGUUUGAGACGGCGUUGUUCGUCGAGGUCACCCAUCACACUUCACAAGGGGUCCCACCCUUCAAUACACUGCUUUCAUUCCACAUCCCAAUUCAUCCAAGGUCCCAAAACAUCAAAUAUGCUCCUCGCCUUUUGAUUCUUCUUAACCUUUCCUGUUGCAAUGCUUGCUGCUGAACACAUCCAACACACCUUGCAUUGUGUGCUCGGCCACUGCUACUCAACAACCUCUCUCGUCCUUCGUCUGCUCGGCACCUCAAUGUCGAGCCCUCUCCUACUUCCUGCCUGCACUUGACUUCUCAAAUACCUCUUUCGACUACACCCACCCUCUCGAACGACCCUGUCUCAUGUCGCUCAUGUCUACUCUACACCGAGGUGUAGGGAGUCUAGAUUGGCCACUGUCGAGCAAGCCAUCCCACGACUAUACUGGUGCAUAUGGGUUCAAGAGGCGGAAUACGAACGAUACAUACUUCAGCACCGGUCUGCCUACACCUCCUGGAUCCAAGGCCAUGCCAGGAGUGACCUUGGGAAAUGGCCAUGCCUCAUUUCCCAGUCACCCAUCUCAACAUCUCGGCGACUACCCUCAGAAUGGUAUUGGGUCUUCACAGAGUUAUGGAAGGUCAACCACCAGAUCCGAUACCAGCUCAUUCAAUCUUGUCCCUGCUUCGAGUUCGACCUCGGACUCGUACAGUCACCAAGCUACGGAUAGCACUCACGUCAAUGCCAUUGCACCCCAUCUACAGAUACCGGAGUCAGUGAACAAGAGCAAGGGAAGCCUGGCAGAGUUUACGGCAGAGAUCACUUGUCUUUUCUGGUUCGAAACCGCAGGCACAAUACAAUACGCAGAAGUUCUGCCCAAAGACAGCCCUGUGGAGCGAGGGUUGCUUCCUGAUGCCGUUCCCACCAUUGGCUUUCGAAAAUGGGUAACUACGAUUAUUAGCACUACCCAAGUAGGCAAAAAUGUGGUGUUGCUGGCACUAAUGUUCAUUUAUCGUCUGAAAAAGUUCAACCCCAGCGUGAGUGGAAAGCGUGGUAGCGAAUUCAGGCUCUUGACAAUCGCUCUUAUGCUCGGCAAUAAAUUUCUGGACGACAACACCUACACAAACAAAACUUGGGCAGAGGUUUCUGGCAUUUCAGUGACAGAAAUUCACAUUAUGGAGGUGGAAUUCCUCAGCAACAUGAGAUACGAUCUAUAUGCCUCGGCCGAAGAGUGGAAUGAGUGGAAGGCCAAAUUAGGAAGGUUUGGCGCGUUUUAUGACAAAGCAUCCCUGUUACCAUCAACCGACGACAGCAAGAUCACAGCACCAGUUACACCAACCUCGCAGAGCUUCUCACAUAAACUGCCCUCGCCGCCUUCACCUCGCCAUGUUGUCAGCCCCUUCAGGUUGUCACCUUCCAACAGCUCCUAUCCCACUUUGCCCCAUCCAUUACCUUCGACCGUUCAAUUGCCAAGCUCACCUCUACGGCCGCAAUACGGAGGCAGCAUUCCGCGAGAAGAGCGUAAGAGGAGCCUAGACCUCUUUACAGAUCUCCCGCCAGCAAAGAGGCAGCAGUAUCCUGCUCCGAUGCAAAUCGGAUCUAUCACCAAUUCUGGGCCCGCUCAACACACUCCAGCUAGUCUUCGGAUACCUCCCGUCAACAAUAAUGCUUUAGAAUCACAGCAACCUUUGGUACCUCUGGAAAUUCCACGACUGGAUGUCCCCCGGGUUCCCGCUACAGCUUCUCACCCCUCGACCCAACUGGCCCCCCUUUCGAUGCCGUCCAGUCGUGCAAUGGCUAGCGUCUAUCCAAGCACGAGUACUGGCUAUUCUCAACCCGUAACGCCGAUAUCUGCUAUCCCUCAAAACUUAUUCCAAAAUCCUGUUCCCAACCUUGGCGAUGGGUCUCGAUCCGUAUCGAAUCAUCCUUCGGCUCAUACCUCUCCAUCGAAUGGUUUCCACAGCGUGACUCCUACUCUUCCGGGUCUUUCGCCGUCAUACUUUUUGACUCACCGUACUUCCCCAUAUCGGCCGGUACGACAUGUCAAUACCCUACUGUUUCCACCACCGUCAACCACUCUUCAAGCUCCUGUCAGGAACAUUCCAUAUGAUCAGAUUCAUUACCAGCUUCUUGGCAAAGUGCCUUCCGAGCGUCGGACUGGUCCACUUCCCUUCAUGCAAGCGGAUGCCUGGCAGAGAAGCAAUGUCUCGACUCCAUUGACUCAUCCCCAGUACCAUUUUUAACUUUCGGCAUUCGAAGUUGUAUUACUUCAGCGCUUCUUCCUCUUCACCUAUUGUUCCGACUCCAGUGUUAUGCAUAGCGUGGUGGUUAUUGAUCUUCUUUUCGACUAUGUCGACAUUAGCGAGGUGCAUUUUAACGGCGUUCAAUGGACUGGAAUAAAAGGGCAAAAUAUAGCAACAUUUGGGAGCUGGACAAAAGCUCAACUUCCUCACAGAAGUGAAUACAGAAUAGAUCGUCUAGCGUAGAGCACCAACGUGCACUUGUUUGCACCUGGGGUUUCUGGAGAAGGAUAU